CAGGAAGCCGGAGACUCGUAUAGGUUUGACAUGUAACUGCUCGAUGAACACACCUGCACCAGGCGCUAUAAUAUUCGCUUACAGUUAAGUGAGAGACCAAUCCCGUUAACGUUUACUCAAAGCACAUUAGCACCGCCGUUUGAGCUAGUUUUAUGCCAUGGUUAAAAAGUUGCUGGUUGUUUGCUAACGAGUCAUGCUAGCUAGCUGGUGGGGCUAAGUUCAGCUCGCCGUCGCCUCUGCUGCCGCCUCUCAGUCUCAGCACACUUCUCUCUCUGUCUCAGGGUCACGGCUGAUACUGUGAGUUAUUUCAGUUUCAUUUUCAGUCUCUCGGAAAACCUGUAAACUUAUAAAAACCUGCUGUCUAAUAUGUGAAAACGAAUAGUGACCUAACGAACGGUCUUUCUCCACCGUGUCUGUUUAAGGACACAAGACGCUCAUCACCUGAAGAUUCUUCUUAUUUUAAAUCAAUGACACAAUUACAGUUGUGUGGAUUAAUCACUAAAACAAACUCCUUUCUUCUAAACCGCCUGGAGAACCGCGGUCCAUGCUCGUCCCAAUACAAUGACUUCAAAUGCCCGGAGUGAGCAUUGCUUGUAAAGCCUCUGUCCGUUGUCAUCGAGGAUCCCCUGCCACUUCUCCUUCUCACCAUGCUAGAGGGACUUGUUGCCUGGGUACUUAACACUUACCUGGGUAGAUAUGUCAGCAACCUUAACACUGAUCAACUCUCUGUUGCUCUUCUCAAAGGAGCCGUCGAGCUCGAGAAUCUUCCUUUAAGGAAGGAUGCACUCCGAGAGUUUGAUCUACCCUUUGAGGUCAAAGCAGGCUUCAUUGGGAAGAUUGUGCUUCAGAUCCCCUUCUAUCGCCCUCAUAGUGAUCCAUGGGUCAUCUCCAUGUCUCAGCUGAACCUGAUUAUUGGUCCAGCACAUCCCCAGGAAUACGAUGAAGAGCAAGAAAGGGAAGCAGAGCGGGAGCAGAAGAAACAGCUGCUCAAAGCUUUAGAGGACAGAUGGAAGAGUGAAAGCAAGCAGAAGGGUGAGUCAUACUGGUACUCAGCCACUGCAUCUGUGGUCACCAGGAUAGUGGAGAAUAUUGAGCUGAAGAUUCAAGGUGUGCACUUAAGGUUUGAGGAUGACUUCUCUAACCCAGAAAAGCCCUUUGCCUUUGGAGUAUGUAUUAAGAAUGUAUCAGCACUGAACUCCUCUAAAGAACCGACUCAGAAGCUCAUGCGGCAGAAGCAGCUGGAGAUUGAGGAGUUCAGUGUGUACUGGGACACGCAGUGCACCAUGCUCGGGGAUCUUCCUCUGGCUGAAAUACAGGAAACCAUGACCGUGUGCAUGCAAAGCAGGGAGCAUCAGUACAUAUUCGAGCCUGUGUGUGCGUCCGUAUUGCUGAGGAGAAAUGCCUCAAAAGAACCGCUACGAUCCCGCCACACGCCUCGCAUCGAGGGCCAGGUGCAGCUGGAACCCCUCUCACUCCACCUUUCUCAGGUUCAGUAUCAGCAGAUAAUGGCUUUUCUCAAGGAGCUUGACAGGCGAGAAAGGGAGAUACUUUUCCGCAAGUGGAGACCCAAAGUUUCUGUCUCAGAAAACUGCCGGCAGUGGUGGAUGUUUGCCAUCAGUGCUAACCUGGAAGAGAUCAGAGAGAAGCAGAGGCGGAGUAACUGGGACUUUGCACUUCAGCGAGCCCGCGAUGCCCAGCUCUACACAAAACUGUAUGGACAGAGGCUUAAGCUAGUUACUCUGAGUCAACAGGAGGAGAGUGAGCUUGAAAGGAUUGAGGAUGAACAGACCCUGGAGGAGUUGCAGAUUCUCCGGGAAAUUGUUCAUGAAUCAUUUCGAAAGCAGGAGGAAAUUGCAGAGUGUUCACGGGAGACCAUUUCAGACCCAACUGCUUCUUCACCUUCUGGUGCCAUUCCAAGAAGUGGCAGUUCUGGUAUGAUUCAGUAUCUGCAGUCUUGGUUUCCAGGUUGGGGUGGUUGGUAUGGAGGUGGUGAGAGAGGGCCUGAUGGCCAGCCAGUGACUGAUGAGCUCAUGCCAGGAAGUAGCCAAUGGGAUAUCUUGGCUGAAACAGAUGACCUCUUUGACCCGUUGGAAGACUCUCAAACGUUAAAUACUUUUACUCGGAGGGAUCACCUGUUUGCACGUCUGGAUUUCUCUUUAGAGAAAGCAACUGUCACUCUUUUCCAGGAAGACAAGUUGAAUCGUUUAUCCAAUGAGAGUGGUGUUAUUCAGUUGGAGUUUUCAGGAGUGAAGAUUGGUGUUGAGUCUCUGCCCCGCUCAGAGUCAUCUUUACUUUCUGUAAAGCUUGGGGGGCUUUUUCUCAGAGACCUCACCACCCAGGGAUCUAUUUUCCCUUUCUUAGUUUCAUCAAAAAACAAAAUUGCUCUCACUUUCAGUCAGCCAUUUGGACAGAGUAGUAGCACAGACAAAAGCAGCACCGGCCCUGACAUGGAAUCUUCUGCAUCACCUGUCUUUGAGAUGAUCUACGAGCGUAACCCAAUAACGAGCAGGUUUGAGAGGAGGCUAGAGGUCAAUACCAGCCCUCUCAAUAUCAUCUAUAAUCCCCAAGCUAUCAAGAAAGUGGCUGACUUUUUCUACAAGGGAAGAGUUCAUACAUCGGGCUUUGGAUAUCAGUCAGAGUUAGAGUUGAGGGUGGCUGAUGCAGUAAGGAAACAAUACAACAAGCUCAAAAUACAAACCAAAGCUGAAAUCAGGCAGACCAUAGACCAGCUGCUAGUUGGAGAGUUCAUAGAGAAUAGUAAGCGAUGGACAAUGAAAUUGGAUAUAUGUGCACCUCAGGUUAUCUUUCCUGAUGAUUUUCAAUCCAAAGACCCCAUGCUGGUGGUCGUUGAUCUUGGUCGUAUCCUUCUUACCAAUUCCCAAGAGGAUCUGAAAACAAAGUCCAAAGACUCUCAGUCAAAAGGAGAUGAGUUUAGUGAUGAGGAAUACCAAACUCCACCAGCAACACCUCCUGGGUCUCCCCCUUCUGAACCAGAGACGGAGUAUAAAGGGCAGGAGAAGUCCUCUGACCCCUCUAGCCUUAAAUCAAUGGAGGGAGCUCAGUCCUUUGGCAAGAUUCUAUACGAGAAGUAUUCCUUAUCAUUUAAUGACUUACAAAUCAUGGUUGGUCGCCACAAAGACAACUGGAUCCAUCUACAGGAGAAUGAAGUGGGGCCCACUCAUGUAGUAGAGAAAUUCAAUGUGCUUUUACAGCUGGAGCAGAGGCUGCGUUAUACCUCAAAUCCUCAGCUUCCUGGUGCAGUUCUUUCAGGUACCUUACCAGACCUCAAAAUACACAUCAACCUGGAGAAGUUGACUGCACUAAGAAGCUGCCUGGCUAGACUGGGUAGUCCAAGUGCAGAUGAGGCCAAUACGGGAGAAACCAUCAAGUCACCUGAACCUUUACCACUCCGACAUGAAAAGAUUUUUGAGAGAGAGGACAGUCAAUGGAAGCUCCAGGAGUCUGACAAAAAUCUGACCAAGAGUGUGAUGACUCUAGAACAACACACACGUGAGGUGCUUGUUGAGUCUAGACUACUCCUUGCGGAAUUCAACAUCAACUACAUGCAGCUUGGUGUUGAAAGUGAAGGGCAGUAUAUAUCUGUCCUCAAGGUGUUUGGAACAAAUGCUCAUUUUGUGAAACGGCCUUACGAUGCUGAGGUUUCCCUCACAGUCCAUGGACUUCUCCUGGUGGAUACAUUGCAGACGUAUGGGUCUGAUUUUGAUCUUCUUGUGGCAUCCCAUAAGCACCUCAGUUUUGAUGUGCCCACUGGUAGUAUAAGAGAGAGCCAGCCUACAUCACCAGUAUCACAAGAUGGGAAGUCUCCUGAGACCUCAGACUUGGGUGUGCCUUUUGAGAAAAUAUCUUCAUUCAGUUCAUUUCUUAAAGAUCAGGAGGCUCUUAUUAAACUGGAGUACCAGUUUGUCAGCUCAGACUGUCCAUCAAUGAAUUUGGAAAGCUCCCUACAGGUUACUAGCAUGCAGGUUAACAAUUUGGAUAUUAUUCUCAACCCUGAAACCAUUGUCAAGCUACUCAGAUUUCUUCAGCAAUCCUUUCCUAAAGAAGAAAGCACAUGGACUCCUUCAACACAGCAGAUGCCAUCACUGCCCAAUGAUCAGGACCAAGAGGAAAACUAUCAGUCUACUUAUGAUCAGAAUAAGGAGUUAACUGUGGAGAUCCAUCGGUUAAAUUUGCUGCUUUUGCGAACUGUUUCAAGUGGAACUGCCUUAGGCAGUGAAAAGAGGGGCAUGAAAAUUGCCACAGCCAGUAUAAAUGGGACAAAAGUCAAUGUAUCAAUGGGAAGUCGACUGGAUGUCAAUGGCUCACUAGGAUGUAUUCAGCUUGUAGAUUUGACUCAAGAAGGUGGAAGAGGUCAAUUUGUGGUCAGUAUUGGAAAUGUAGAAGAUAGUACCUCUGUAGAUGCUGUAUUCCCUAGUUCUGCAUUAAUGCCAAUUUCUGAGGCUUUAAAUUUCCACUUUUUGGAAAGGUCUCAAGGAGAAUGCUCUCUAGAGCUUCAUAUGGCAUCCCUGCACUACAAUCACUCAGCUAAGUUCUUGAAAGAGCUCAGUCUUUCUGCCAAUGAGGUAGAAGACAACUUUCGCUCCAUGCUAAAGACUGCUGCCACGAAAGUUUCAACUGUCCUGGCUACCAAAACAGCAGAAUACAGUUAUAUGGUGUCUCUCUUUGAUACCCCAUCCAGGAGAGGCAGAUCUCACAGUCAGUGCAAUUGGCCACUGGAAUCCUUUGAAGACCAUAAUGAUCCCGCUGAUCUUGAGACAGAACCAAGUGUGGACUCCUUUCUGGUCAAGCUUAUACUAAACGUCAGUAUAGAAUCUCCCGUUGUGUUCAUUCCUCGGAAACCUGGUCACCCAGAGCUUCUUGUUGGUCAUCUUGGAAGCAUUGCAAUUCAGAACUUUAUUGCAGGGCAAGACUCUGAGCGGGAGAAAUUGCAAGUUAAGGUUAAGGAUAUAAGGCUGUAUUCUGUCAACACAAGUCACCUAUUCCUGAGGAAAGGGCCCAACUCCCUUCAGUCUCCCUCUCAUAAGACUGUGUUCAACCUAGAUGAGCCACAAUUUACUCGCCAUGAUUUCUUUGAAUAUCUAAGUCGUGGAAAAGCCUUUCACAUUCUUAAAGACACCACCAUCCAAUUUACACUUGAGAAAGUUCCUGCUGUUGAAGACACACAGUUCUCCUUUCAGUCAUUUGAUGGAUCUUACCACAGUACAGGAUUACUUAGAGUUGAGGGCAAAUUUGUAAAUGCUGUUCAGGUUUUUCUUUGUAAACCUGUGUAUGAGCAGCUCCUCCAGACUCUAGAUAAUCUAUCUUUAAUCGAGGAUGAGAAACCAAUUUCUCGUCAACCUCCAACUCCGCCACCCCCUACACCAUCUUCUACCAAACCGUAUCGCUUCCCUGAUCCGCAGGGUGGGUUGUUCCCCCGAGAUCCUUCUCUCGACGUUUCUUACUCUUCAAUAUCAUCCUUCCUCUCAACCCCUCUUCCUCUCCAGAAUCACAGCUCUUCUGUCGAGCUUCGCUCUUUCACCCAGGUCAGAGCCACUUUCAAGGUGUCUGAGCUCCAGGUGCAGCUGAGUGCGGAUCUUAGCCAAGGAUCUCAGGACCUGGUUAGUCUGCGUUUCCAGGACCUGGAAGGAGAUUUCACUAAAGACCAUCCUCACACUCUGUCAAUCCAACUGGCUCUGCACUCUCUGCUAAUGGAAGACCUUUUGGACCAAAAUCCUGAAUCAAAGCAUAAGCACCUCAUGGUUUCCAGAGGAGCCCCCAAACCGUCUACCUUCAACCCUAAAGAAUACCUUUCCCAAUCCUGCCCGACAGCAUCUAGUGCUGUAUUUCCAGAAAUGCCGCGCUCACUGCCAGCUCAAAUGGAAGAAGCACAGAACGUUUUCCAGUUUUACCAGAGGCACCCCAGUACUUCUGCAUCCAGCCGGAAAAGUAAGAAGGACUCAGAAUGCCCCAGCACCCCUCCUCCAUCGCCUUCUCGCCAUACACCAUCCCCUCACCCUCUGCCAGACUUGGAUGACUCGUUGGUCCACAUCAAUGUCCUUCUGGUGGAUAGACGGCAUCCUGAAUUUCAGACACGCUACGGCAGCAUCGGUCGUAGUGUAGAUGUAGACUUCAACUGUCUAGAUGUUCUCAUCACACUGCAAACCUGGGUUGUCAUUCUAGACUUCUUCGGCAUUGGUUCGACUGCCAACAACCAUGCCAUGAAAGUGCCUAGUACUUCUCCUCAAUCCAUGUCUGGACAACCUCAUGCUGACACCGCUCUUGCUGAUUUAACAGAUGUGCUUUCUGAAAUAAAUGAAGAAGAAUCAGAGGAGAAGGUCAACACUAAGUUGGACCUGAAGGUUCAUUCUUUGUCUCUAGUGUUGAAUAAAAAGACCAACGAACUAGCUAAGGCUAGUGUGUCAAAAUUGUUUACACACUUAGAAAUGAUUGAGGGAGACCUUGCCUUCCAAGGAAGUCUGGGUAGCCUGUCACUAAGUGACCUGACCCCACAUGGAGAUCUGUACAGGGAACGCUUCACAACACGGGGUGGAGAGGCACUUAUUUUCAACAUACUCAAAUAUGGAGAACCUGACCCUUUCCUGGUACGGGAGUGUGAUAUGAAGGUGUCUCUGCAGAUGGCUUCAGUGCAGUAUGUACACACACAGCGUUUCCAAACUGAGGUGGUGGCUUUCAUCCAGCACUUCACCCAGUUACAGGACGUUCUAGGCAGGCAGAGAGCGGCCGUGGAGGGUCAGGCGGUGCGUGAGCAUCCACAGCGAGCCUCACGUGUGCUCUUGGACAUUGAGGCAGGGGCUCCUGUCCUCCUGAUUCCAGAAAGUUCCCACUCAAAGCGCCUCAUAGUGGCUAACUUGGGCCAGCUCAAAGUGCGCAACAGCUUCCUGCUUGCAGGCACCCAUGGCACUUUUUCUCUCAAAGACAAGAAUUUGAUUUUGCAUGCUCAUUCAUACAAGGACCCAUCCCACUAUAAGGAUCGUGUGAAGAAUGCUCAGCCUACUUCUGGGAAAGUGUGUGAAGAGGUGUCCGCAGACAGAGUCAAAGCCUCCAGUACCACCGUUUCUGGGUUUACAUUAGGCAAGCCUCAGCCAGUCAUGGGACACAGCUCUGAUGCAGAUACAAUUCUAAGUCCAGAGGAUCAUGUGUGUCUACUGGAUUGCAUUGCUGUGGAUCUGCAGGAGAUGGAUUUAUUUGCUGCAGAGUGGAUGCCCUGCGAACUGUGGGACAGUGGAGUGAAGCGCAUAGACACAGACCUGGUUUUCCCCUCCUAUUCAGUGCACAGGACUGGAGGUAGCCUGCUGAAGGAGCGCUGCCACCUUAAACUUAAAGUGGAACGCAACCUGGACAGGGAGUUGAGUCAUGCAGUCCCAGACAUGUCCAUCCAUGGCAGCCUGUCUUCUGUACACUGUUCCUUGGCUCUGGAGAGGUACCAGCUGAUCCGUGGCUUGCUCGAACACAACCUGGGAGAGCCUGUGGAGGAAUUCCUCAGACCUUACAACCUACAGGACCCCAGCACCUAUACGGUGCUGAGUGGUGAUGUAUAUACAGGUCUCUCUUUCUUAGUUGACAUGAAGAAUGUCAGUCUGGAGUUGCUGGAUGGCUCCAAAUCCUCUGGACAUAAGCAGUCUUUGGCCAGGUUCGACUUUAUGAAAUCCAAGUUGCUGUUUGAGAGUUUCUCUGACGGAUCCAAGUCUGUGAACCUGGUGUCUCAUUCGCUUUUGGCUUACGACACUCGUUAUAGUGGGUCCAACAAGGCCACAGAGAGAAAGCACAAUGUAUUUGACUGCAUUCUGCAGCCCUCUAGAACAGGCACCAAUCGAGCUUCCCUGCAACUGGAGCUACAUUACAGAUCUACCCGGGAUUCCUCAUGUUUCACUGUGGUGCUAAACAACCUGCGAGUGUUCUUGAUUUUUGACUGGCUUCAGCUAGUCAGGGAUUUUCUGCAUACGUCUGUGGAGAAGGGAGAAGCACCUACCCGCCAGCGCUGGCCCAGCAGCAGCAGUGACCCAGGCACGACAGGUGCUGUCAUGCCCAAAACGGUCAAGAGUGGAGUAGUUACAAAACGCUCCACUGUUCCUGUCACUCAGGACAGAUAUCUGGAGGUUAAACUUAAUGCAACAGGGACUGAGUUUGUGGUUGUGGAAGACUCGUCAUGUUCAGACACCAAUGCCAUCAUUCUGAAGGGCACUACUGUCCUCACCUACAAGCCUCGUCUUCUGGACAGACCAUUCUCUGGCAGUUUGGCUGGAAUUGAAGUGUAUUCCUGUCGGCUGGGCAGUGAGCAGGAGACGGCGCUGUCUAUUAUUGAUCCUGUCAAUGUGCAGGUUGAGCUCUGUGGCAGUCCUACCUAUCAGAGUAGCUCGGGCCUGCUGGAUGCCUUCAACAUAGAAGAUUUUCCUCCACUGCUAGAGAUCCAGUUUCCUGCUCUGGAUAUCCGGCUGUCCUACAACGAUGUGCAGCUCUUUCUGGCUAUUGCUAAGUCCAUCCCCACUGGCUCCCCAAGUGUCACUGACCCUGCCUUUGCCUCCCAGGCAGUCCUGUCCACCGCAAGCCCAGAGACUUCCACCAAACCAAAAGACAGCUUCAGGCAUCGGACAGAAGCCCUAUUGGAAAGUCAGCUAACACGUCUUCAGGAUCUGGGAUUCAGGAGGGAAGAUUGCAGACGAGCUCUCAUUCAUUGCACAGGUCAGUUGGAUCAGGCUGCCACAUGGCUGCUAGAAAACGCAGAGAGCAUUUCUGGCAGGAACAGAGCCGACUCUGAUUCCGGCUCCCACUCAUCUCCCCCUUUGUCUGGGGUGGAGGUCAAGGCUGAGAGUGUUUGCAUCUGCUUCAUUGAUGACUGCUUGGAUUGUGAUGUCCCCCUGGCUGAACUCACCUUCUCACGGCUGUCUGUGCUGCAGAGGAUUGGAUCUACACAGGAAGGAAAAGCUAGUUUCACUCUGUCUGGAGAUUACUACAACAGGGAGCUCUCAGGCUGGGAGCCAUUUAUCGAGCCCUGGCCCUGUGUCCUGAAUUGGCAGCAGCAAGCGGCAGGCCGGCUCCAUCCUUCUCGCCUGAAACUAGGGGUACAAGCCAAGCAGAGACUAGACAUGAACAUCACCUCCGUCUUACUCGACCAGUACAGCACCACCAAGACUUCGUGGUUAGCAGACUACUGUAAGGAAGACGAACAGUCGCCACAGUCCUCCGCCUCCGUGUCUUGGAUGGGUUCCUCCGUGGACCCCCCCACUUUUGGACAGACGGAAGUGAAGUUGUCUAAAAGGAGGCAGCCGUUCAUACCCUAUGCCCUGCGCAAUCAUACUGGCUGCACUAUGUGGUUUGCCACCCUCACCACCACCCCAACCAGGGUGGCACUGUCUCACAGCAGUAGCGCCGACUCUAUAUCAGAUGUGCAUGGGCCUGGGACAGAUGACACACACAACAUCAGUCAGUGGACAGAGGUGCUGCCAGGGCAGGAGAUUCCUUUUGAGUUUGAGGCCCGUGAGAAACUUAGACACAGACACACCCAUGAACUAAAGCUGCACCAGCUCCUGGUACGUGUUGGAGGCUGGGAGCAGGUAAAGCCCGUCUCAGUUGAUAAGGUCGGUGUAUUCUUCCGCUACGCUGCUCCUGAUCGCAACAACCCCUCCAACACGGUUGGUAGUCCAAUCAGCAGAACAAAUAUCAUACAUCCCCAUGUAUAUUUUUCAGCCUUGCCCCCGGUCCGAGUGGUGUUCUCCAUCACUAUGGAGGGUAGUGCACGCAAGGUAAUCACUGUACAGUCUGCUCUCAUGUUGAAAAAUCGCUUAGAAGUGCCCAUGGAGAUACGGCUAGACAGCCCUUCUGCUCCAGACAAGCCUGUUGUGCUUCCACCUAUCCUGCCUGGAGAAGCUUUGGCUAUCCCUCUUCACCUGACCUCAUGGAGACUGCAGGCUCGGCCUAAAGGCUUGGGACUGUUUUUCUGUAAGGUUCCCAUCCACUGGACCAGUGUGGAGCGUCCUGGCGAGGUCAGCAGCAGCAAGAGGGAGUGCCAGUCAGCUGACUUUGACGACCAACACAAACGUAGCUUCAGGUUUUGCGUGGUUAUCAAGAAGGAGAAUUAUCCUGAUCAACAGCCGGCUAAAAUGGUCACUGGUAGUGCUAAGCAGAUUUACAGACAGCCAGGUCACACCAUCUACCUGUUACCCACCUUAGUGCUGACUAAUCUGCUGCCCUGUGACCUCAACUACUACGUCAAAGGGACCUCAAUCAAGGGAAACAUCAAGCCAGGCAAAGAGGCAGUGCUCCAUGCUGCAGACACCACACAGAACAUAGAGUUAGGUGUUCUUCUGGAGAACUUCCCAGUCUGUAAGGAGCUGUUGAUUCCCUCUGGCACUCAGAACUACGUGGUGCGCAUGCGUCUGUAUGACACAAACAAGCGGCUGCUGUGUCUCAUCAUCCGCAUCAUUCUUCGAGCAGAUGGGGCGCUCAAGAUCCUCAUCUCCGCCCCUUAUUGGCUCCUGAACAAGACGGGGCUGCCUCUGAUCUUCCGCCAGGACAACAGCAAAACAGAUGCUGCUGGGCAGUUUGAGGAGCAUGAGUUAGCCCGGAGCCUGAGUCCACUCCUUUUCUGCUACACAGACAAAGAACAGCCUUUAAUGUGCACUAUGCGUGUUGGGAAAGGGAUCCACCCAGAUGGUGUUCCAGGCUGGUGUCAGGGUUUCUCACUAGAUGGUGGAAGUGGAGUCCGAGCAGUUAAAGUAAUCCAACCUGGGAACAGACCGGGGCUCAUCUAUAAUAUAGGAAUUAAUGUCCGAAAAGGGAAGGGACGCUACCAGGACACCCACAUUGUGACUUUUGCACCUCGCUAUCUGCUUGACAAUCAGUCUUCGCACAAGCUGGCUUUCUCCCAAAGAGAGUUUGCUAGAGGAAAGGGCACAGCAAAUCCCGAGGGCUAUAUCUCCACUCUGCCAGGCUCUAGUGUGGUGUUCCACUGGCCCAGGAAUGACUACGACCAACUCCUUUGUGUCCGACUCAUGGACGUACCCAACUGCACCUGGUCUGGGGGGUUUGAAGUCAACAAACCCAAAUCAUUCCAUGUCAAUAUGAGGGACACAUUGGGUACUUGCUACUUUCUCCUUGCUGAAAUUGCCUUGAAAGGAGCGACCUAUCAUAUUUCAUUUAGUGACACAGACCAGCUGCCUUCACCUUUCCGCAUAGACAACAUGUCAGAGGUGCCGAUCCAGUUCUGGCAGUACGAAGUGCCAGAUAUCAGACUGCACACCGAAGUGAAAGCUGGAGCGGUACAGGACUAUGCCUGUGAUGAGCCCAUUCUUCCUCCUUACCUUACACUGACUGUAAAAGGAGCUGGCUCCUCUGAGGUCACUGCUGACAUGAACUGCUUUAGAGAGUACAACAAACUCUACUAUGAGAACUUCAUUUACAUCGCUGCAACUUUCACAUUCUCUCAGGAUGCAAGUAAAAGACCAGGAGCGAUGAAGCAUGAUGUCAGCUGUGCUGAACUAGUGCUCGAUGUUGAGACAAAGACACAGAGAGUCAUACUAAAGAAAAAGGAGCCAGGAAAGCGCUCUCAGCUGUGGAGAAUGAGUGGAAAAGGAAUGCUUUGUCAUGAGGGUUCCUCUCCCCCUCAGAGUAAACCUGCCCAACCCCGACCUCUUGACUACUAUAUGGUGCUGGACAUCGCUGGGCUUGCUGCAGUCACAGACAACAGCUACGAGCCAUUGAUGCUGAAGAGGCCAGAUCCUCGCCGCAGUACUACCCAGACAUGGCACUUUUGCUCUGGCAUGCUGACUUGUGGUUUACCCAGACUUGUGGUACAGGUGAAUGGAGGAGUCUCAGGUCUAUAUGAUGGUGCAGAGGUGGUGCUCGGGCCGGAUUCGGGUCUGCUUGAUAAGCCCCCAGAACAGCAGUUUAUUAAUCAGAAGAUGAGGCCUGGCUCAGGGGUGCUGUCUGUGCAGGUCCUCCCUGAUGGACCCACUCGUGUAUUGCAGAUCAGUGACUUCAAUCAGCGGCGAAUAAAUAGAACAUCUCCCAGCACGGAGGAGAAUCAGAACAAGGAGAACACACAGGAAAAGGAUAAAGAGGAGGAACUUGAGGUCCUGAUAAACUUGGAGGAUGGAGUAGGUCUGUCUCUUGUAAACAAGGUGCCUGAGGAGCUGGUGUUUGCCACACUAUCUGGCAUCAAUCUGCACUUUACACGCACUGCUGCCAGCCAGGUCCUGGAGCUCAGUGUGAAGACAAUCCAGGUGGAUAACCAGCUCCUGGGCACCACACAGCCAGUGAUGCUGUGUUUAACUCCCAACUCCACUGAUAGCAGUGUAGUAGUGGAUUCUGGACCUGCUCUGCAAGUCAAUGCUGUCAAAGUGCCCAGCAGUCUCAUGCUUACAGAGCUCUUCAAGCAUCUUAUGGUCACUGCUCGGCGCUUCACUGUCAUCAUAGAAGAGAAACUCUUGCUCAAGCUGCUGGCAUUCUUUGGCUAUGGGAAAACAGAAGGAGAGGAAAGGGGGUGUGUUUCAGAGGUCGAGAAGUUGGAUGAGAACCUGUAUGAGAAGCCCAGUGAGGAAGCAGGACCUCGAAAACGCUAUUACUUUGAGAACCUGAAGAUCAGUCUCCCCCAGGUUAAACUAAGUGUCUUCACUUCACACAAGCUGCCUCCAGACCUGAAGACUCUAAAGAGAACUCUGGGAAUCCCACUCAUCAGAUUUGAGGAUGCAGUCAUUAAUAUGUAUCCCUUCACUCGGGUCCACCCAUACGAAACCCAGGAGAUUAUCAUCAAUGAUAUACUCAAGCACUUCAGAGAGGAGCUGAUAAGCCAGGCUGCUCAGAUACUGGGCUCAGUGGACUUCUUGGGCAAUCCCAUGGGCUUGCUAAAUGAUGUCACAGAGGGCAUGUCCGAACUAAUCAAGUACGGAAACGUAGGAGGCCUGAUCCGCAAUGUAACACAUGGGGUCUCCAACUCAGCAGCUAAGUUUGCUGGUACCCUUUCAGAUGGACUUGGGAAGACCAUGGACCACCGACACCAGAGCGAGCGAGAGUACAUCCGUUAUCAUGGCGCGACCAGCGGGGAGCACUUAGUGGCGGGCAUUCAUGGGCUUGCUCAUGGUAUUAUCGGUGGCCUGACUAGUGUGAUCACAUCCACCGUGGAAGGCGUGAAGACGGAGGGUGGCGUAACCGGCUUUUUCUCGGGUCUAGGCAAGGGCCUGGUUGGGACGGUGACCAAGCCAGUGGCAGGGGCGUUAGAUUUUGCCUCAGAGACAGCACAGACCGUUAGAGACAUGGCCAGUCUGAGCAACCACAGGCUGAGUGUACAGCGGGUGAGAAAACCCCGCUGCUGUAAGGGCCCUCAGGGUCUGCUGCCCCGCUUCUCCGCCAAGCAGGCCGAUGGACAGGAGCAACUCUUUCACCUCACAGAUAACAUCCACUCUGAAUACUUCAUUGCUGUGGAGCCCAUAGACACCUACUGUGUGCUCAUCUCCUCUAAAGUCGUAUACUUCAUUAAGCCUGGGGAAUAUGUGGAUCGGGAAGCCAUUUUCCUGGAGGUAAAAUAUGAUGAUCUUUACCACUGCCUGGUGUCCAAAGAUCAUGGAAAAGUGUAUGUUCAGCUCACCAAGAAAGCUGAAAGCACUAGUAGCGGUGUAGCCAUUCCUGGCCCAUCACAUCAAAAGCCCAUGGUUCACGUAUGUAGUGAGAGCCUGGCAGUGAAGAUCUCGCAAGAAGUGAACUAUGCCAAGAGCCUUUACUAUGAGCAGCAGCUCAUGCUACCCCCCAGUGAGAAUGAAGAUAGUUUACUACUGGACUCCUGAUGAAAUUAACUUGCAUUUGGUAGAUGUCUGUUUAUUUUUCAUGCACUGUUUUUAAGGCAUACAUGAGGAAUGAGUAUGCACAUUCAGGCAGACAUGCUCUCACUAUAGGGUUUGUGUCAUGUCUACUGUAAUAAUUCACCAUCAAGCACAUUUAACUAGAAAAUAUGCAAGAUUUUACUUCUCUGUUAAACAUAGAAGAUUGUUAUUUUGUUUUACAGUAACAACUAAUCUUGUAUGUUUGUUUAUAGGGCAGUUAUGGCCAGUAUGACACUAUUGUCCAUGUACAUAUUGUGGAGAAAUUUGAGAGACAAGAUUAAUGUACAAAACUGCCUUUAAAAUAGUUUUCUAUAUAAGUGAGAGAAUUGUGUGGAUGUGGAAAUUGCACUGAUGUAGAUGUAAGAAACUGCUGCUGCCCUCACUGAUUACUGUAGCAUAAGUAUAGUUUUAUAUUAUAUAUAUAUAUAUAUAUAUAUAUAUAUAUAUAUAUAUAUAUAUAUAUAUAUAUAUAUAUAUAUAUAUAUAUAUAUAUAUAUAUAUAUUACAUUACACACACACACACACACACACUGUUAACAGCUACAGGGAAGUGUAAAUAAUAUCUUGCUGCACAUUUACCACUCAUUAUGUCGAAGAGCCCUGACAAGGAAACCUUUCGAAUUUUAUUUAUUUAUAUCACUUUUCCUUCUAUAACUCAUUUUCUGUGAUCGUGGCAUUUGAAAAAAAUUAAAUCUUGUAACUCUUCAGUGAUAAUAUAUAUAUUUGACACGCAAACCAUGCACCAAAGUCUGUAGCACAGAAUGUUAUGAGACUCAAUAAUCAUUUAAUCACUACACUAAUACUUUGACAUUUGGCCUGGACAUGAAAUGCAUUGCUUUUGUUACAAAUAAAUUAUUGUUAAUCUGCAGAGGUUGCAAGUGCAGGAUUGUGCAAGCUGUGGUGCCUUUUUUUUGUUGCAGGUGUUUUUUGUUUUUUUUUUUCUCCCUUAAUUGUUAGAUCUUCCUUUCUUUUACAUCAUACCUUAUUAUUUAUACCUCUGAUUGAUUCUGAUUUUCAAUUAUCCAUUGUCUACCACUACAAUUUAUUUGUGUAGCAGCCUGGGAAAACCAUUCACACAUCAAAUUUUCAACAAUGUGAAAUUCUGAAAAGUGCAAGUUUUUCUGAGCUGAAAUGUGUGUUUCUUUUAUACAUCUUAACCGCAAGUAAAGUUUUCAAUUCUGGUUAGGCCCAAGAUUCAGUUCCAGUUUCACUUAAGGCACACCAGUGCAUUCAUUGUCUAAAAGCAAUUACUGAUUUUAUUUGCAUUUAAUUUAACAUGCAAUAAAUAAGAUAUACAAAUUAUAAUAUAUUAUCUAUUACAUGUUUUAUCACAUAAAACCACCUUGAUCACUUCACUUCAGAUUGGCUAAAAUUGUUGGCUAAAAGUUGGAUAUAAUUUUAUUAGGCAAUUUAAAUUUGUUGUCCAUUUUCAUAGAGCGUGUAAGUGCUCUGCUCUGUUUUGAUGAUGAUGUGAAGGUGCAACAGUGUUGCAGCCAUUUUGACAGCAGGAAACUGUUUACAAGCUAAUUUUAUUAGACUUGUGUACAUUUUGCUACAGCACAUAAUGAAGCAUCCAGCGACCUGAUCAAAGCAUGACCUUCGUGCUGUGUGAGGAAAUCACACUUAGCUAGCAAGGUUUUAGACAUCUUUAGUAGACUGACUGCUUUUAUUGCUGUGUUUGUUAAACUGGCUCCUUACCCAACAUGAUCUUUAUAGAAAACCUAGGCAAGAAUAUAAAGUAAAUAGCAAUAUUUCCAUGAUGUUUUGGUGAAAUAUAUUUGUUUUCUUAAAUAGAAGAUACAUCAAAGUAUAUCAUUGGCCGUUUUCUAGAAUUCAGGCCCUGCGAUAUCCGAUGGGUUUUCCCAGACCACCACACACAAGGGAAAAAAUUGUAAUUUACUGACGAUUUUUUUUUUAUUUCAUUUUUUUUUCUGCACAUUGUUUUCAUUUCUAACUGUAUCAUACCACUGCUAUUAAAAUCAUUUCAACUACACUGAUCUAUGCAUAUACAUACGUUAAGUUUACAAGUUAGUAUUUGUAUGUUAACAGGUUUACGAACGACCAAAGACAAGACUUUGAAAUGAAUUAAUUCAUCCUUCUCUCUUUUACUCAUGAUAGCCUAGCCAUCUACCGACUACUCCAAAUGUAGAAGAAUGUCAGGUUUGAGUGAGUUGUUUUUCCUCAUGUUGUGAUAAAUUAAUAGGAAUUUCUCUUAUGCGUACUUUAGUCAGCUUGGACACUAUUCCAGUAACAAACUCAACAAAUUUGAAGGGUGUUUUAUUUACAUUUAGUAGUAUUGUAGACUUUCCCUACAUAAGUGAGUGGACUAAGAGGAUACAUGUGAUGUACCAGUUCAGUGCAGCAGUGUGAAAUGAUAGUAGGAAAAGACAACUGCCCAGAAAUGUCAGGUGAAUCACAGAUUGUAUAAAUCUCAUAUUGCUUUAAGUGUAUAUAUUGUAAAGCCUAAUAAAACUUGUGGUUUUUAGAUUCAAA